AUGAGACCAUCGACCAUCUUUGUGCCCCUCUUGGGCCUGUACGACUUGGUAUUGGCAUCUGACCUUGCUGCGAUCGAGAGCGAUUUGUGGUGCGUCACGUAUCUCUCGACCUAUCUUAUGCCUGUUUCCAAUUCAAUUGCCAUCAGUACAGACAUCAACAGCGCAACUACAGCAAUCUCAUCUACUACUUCAAACUCCUCUACCUCUGAGCCUUCGAGUCUAAAGACAAAGACAACUGAAGCUCAUUCCAGCUUUAAACAAACAUCUAGCCGCUCGUUAACUCUGACCACGACCGACCAGCUGAACAGCUCUCAAAUACAAACACAGCCUUCCACUACUCUGGGCACGACCGAUCGACCCAUUAGCUCUAUAACACCAACAAGCUCAACCACUGCCAGCACAGGUGUUACUACAACAUCGAUCCCCCAACCCAGCGGCCGUUCAAUUAUUUUUCAGAUUCAACCGCCCACCACCAACCGCAGACGCAACAUCAAGAGAGCACCAGUUGGCGGUUUUGUUGGGGGCACUCAAGUCUGUACGUUUGCGUUAGACUUCACUCUUAGUGCGGAAGGGCAGCUGCUUGCAGGAGGCGUGCCUGUCUUUUACGCCGGCGAAGAUUUUAAACCACUAUCUGAGCAGGAAGCUAUCAGCAACAGUGGCGAUGUCAUCAGCAAGACUUUCACAGAGUCUAACGGGUUACUUGUUUUCAAGAACUCUAGUCUCCCCACCGGUGAGGCAGGGUUCUGCCAGACCUCUAACGGUAUAGUUUAUAUUACCUUUUCCAGCCAGCCAUCUGGCUGUGUUCCAGUUGCGCUUCGUAUUUAUGAAAUACAGCAAUGUCAAAAUGGUCGAAUAAUUGAUGGUUCAACUACAAGCUCCUCUGCUACAAGUACAUCCGAGGCAGGUUCGUCCAGAGCAACUGCAUCAACUACUACGAUCCAAAGUGAAACAACGACCCCAUCUUCGGAGUCGACAGAAUCUAGAGAGCCUGCUACCAGCACAAUGAUUAGUUCGACUUCAUCCUCCUCGACCAAUACUACCCCACUAUCAGCUACUGUAUCUAGUGACUUGAGCUCAGAGGGAACCCCGUCAACUACACUUGAAUCUACGUCUGAAAUAACGUCAGUGGUGACAGACACAACCAUCCUCACAAGCACAGAGAACGCUACCUCAGACGACAUAAGCAGCAUCCAAUCUUCCGCAGAAAGCCCUACCUCCAGUGCUACUACAACCGACAGCUCAAGUACUGGUGACACUGCAGCCAUCAGUACUAUGAGCUCCAAGUCGAGCUCAAUUUCCAUUAGCUCAACGACAACAAGCUCUACGUCUAGCUUGAUCAUGACAAGCUCAGCUUCUGGCUCUACUUCAAGUUUGUCUUCAACCUCGACUUCUGACUUAGCCUUAACCUCAACUACAAGUUCAAUGCCAGCAAGCUCAACUUCUAGCUUAACUUCCAGCUCGACUACAAGCUCGACUACAAGCAAAACAACAGACUCCACUUCUGAGUUAACUACCAGUUCGACUUCUGACUCGACUUCAAGCUCGACUGACAUGACUACAAGUUCGCCGUCUAGUUCAGACUUGACUACAAGCUCUACUUCUGAGUCUAGUUCUGAGUCUACUUCAAGCUCGACUGACCUGACUACAAGUUCGACGUCUAGUUCAGACUUUACUACGACUUCGACUUCUAGUUCAGACCUGACUACAAGCUCAUCUUCUACUGCAGACUUGACCUCUACAGAUUCAACGAGCUCAACAACUUCGUCAGAAACUUCAACAACCACCUCAGCUGCCCCAUCAUUAGUACAAGACGGCGGCUUUGAAGAUAACCCAAACACGGCAUGGACUUUGUCAGGCAGCGCCGCUAUUGUCAACAAUCCUGGUAUGGCUCUCUCAGGCAACCAGUAUCUUCAAUUGUCCGUGGUCAACGGGCUUCCCUCGGCAUCAGCCUCCCAGACUGGCCUCGUCUCGUCACCCAACUCUAUGAGUCUCUCCUACGUGGUUAUGGACAGCCCUACACCCUCUGGCGUUUCCCAGUGUAGUUUCAGGGUAAUGACAGCCGGCAACCUCGUGGCCGCUUUCGACGUGAAUACGACUCCGAACGUUUGGCAGUCAGAGAGUUUCGGUGUCUGGGGCAGCGGUUCCUCCUGGACGAUCGAGCUGUAUUUAUAUUGUUCCCAAGGGCCAGCUACUUUUGCUAUCGGUGUUGAUAAUGUAAGCAUUCAGUAG